UGACUAUUGCAGAGACAGAAUAGACAUUUUUUACUCUCACACAUCAUAUAUGCAUGCAAAGGUUUACGCCUUCACAACAGAUAAUGCGUCAUAAAGGAAGUAAAAGUAUUUCAGACCAAGGAUCUCUGUUAGUCAAGGCCUCUCUGUGUCUCUGUCUUACGAAGAAAGAAAACAGGGUACAAGAUAACAGAUAACAAGACACCUGGAUACAAAACUAAUUAAAAUCAUCUACUGAAACUACUGUUUGGUGUCUGCACUUUUAGGACUUACAUUCUUUAAACCUUCACAUGAGACUGUGACAUAUUUUCCCAUUACAAUCCAUUUUACACUGCGGCCAGAUUUAAAGACUAUGUUAGCAGCUCUUUGAGACUGUACUUAGGCACAGCUAAAUGCUACUGUCAACAUGCUUCAGUAAUAUUCUUCCACACCCAAGCUACUGCAGUAAUAUCAUGUCAGUUAUUUUAGUUCAGUGUGUUAACAUGGUCACAUUAGGGCUAAACACAAAAUACAGCUGAGGCUGAUGGGAAAUGUCUUUAGAGCUCCCAGUCAAUGUUAUGGUGGCACUAGAGGAAGAGUCAAGACACCAAAGCCAGUCCACUUCAUCCUCUUGAGACCAAGAAUAUCUUUGCGAAAUCCAUCCAAUAGCUGUUGAGAUAUUUGUGUCGUCACUAAUAUAUGUGGUCGACCGACCAACCGUGCAACAGCCCAACUUAUUCCUAGCAUGACUAAAAAAGAUCCUGAGUCUUGACUCUUCUCUUUACUCCUCUGCACUAAAAGCUGCAAACAUGUGAUUUCAGUAAAAAAUUGUUUGUGUUUAUUUUAUUUAUAUUUUCUUAUUUAAAGCAAAAAGACAAAAUUGACGAGUGGGACAACCGAUAAUUACUGUGAGGACACCCCCCGCCUCCAUAUAUAGCUGUUUACAACAAUGUCUAACUUUAGCAGGUUACUGGGUCAGAGGUGUUUGUGAUCUAAAAUGGGUCAUCCCUGUCAGGGGCUACAGCUGACCCCGACUGAGGGGGUCACUCGCUGCACUAUAUCCAGCCAGGGGUCAAGCUCCUCAAAUGAAUAUAGGCUUAUUUAAUAAAAAGGGAACUCUCGUGCAUUGCAGAAUUACUCUUCACUAACACAAAAGUGCAAGUCAUGAUUUGGGAGCCACCCUUCUAAAGAAGAUGUUAAAAUCCCCUUCUGUGUUUUUAUCCACCUCAUACGCUAUCAUAAUAUGUGGCAAAUUUUUUAAACCGUAUUUUCAGGUCAGCGUGUAGCACUUCAAAGCACUGUGGGAGAAUCAGUUCCUGCCGCUCAGCUAGAAAGUUUCAGUGUGUCAUCAGUGGCUUGGCAGAUGGCAGAGACUUAUUGCAUUUGUCCCUGCUUUAAAAAAGCUCAAUUAAACUGUACUGUAAACCAUAACAACUUGAUAGUCAUAUAUGAAGCUAACCCGUACGCUAGAAUUGCACACACAUUAGUGGGCAAGAAAAGGCUCUGCUGACCUUUGCUUUCCCUGGAAGUGGCUGGAGUGGCUUGGAUCUGAUAUCAGAAUGGAGGGCACGGAUGCAGGACCAAUAGAACCAGAAUCAGCAGGCUUUUACAGUGGGCCAGUUGCCAGCCACCACCAGUCUGGUGGUGACAAGUCUAUUCUGGGACUUGUGGAGGUCUGACUCAUCAAAGCAGAAGUGGGCUCUUAACUAGGAAUCUAUUCUUCCCCAAAGUCUUAUUACUACUUUAUCUGCUUCAAUCAAUCAAAUCAUGUUUCCAUUUGCAGCUGUCUGCUGUUAAUAGACUGAAUGAAAUCGGACCGUAUUAGCUUUAUAGUGAGCGUUCCCUUCUGAGAGUCUAUUUCUAAGGAUUUCUUAUGUUGCUACCGCCGCCCUCAAACCUUCACACAGCUAUUGUAACCACCAGGUCGCUGUAAAAAGCAGCAGCACCGUGUUCAUAGCCAGGGUUUGUCAGGCCCGGCGAUACUGUAUUCCUCUUGAAGCUGGGCAUAUUUAAUAUUUGGAUGGCUGAAGGGGACUGGGCCUCAAGCCAGAAUACGGGUCACUGUGGGAAGUUUGAAGUUCAUUGAACACUUUGUGCAUAAACAGUGCAUGAAUUCACACUGAUAUGGGGCCAGGAGAUCAAAGCACCAUGCAUGGUGAUGCAGAUUACCCCCCCCACGAUUUUAACACUUGGUUGACUGUCGUAUGAUUGGGGCUGAUGUAUUUGGUUAUUGUGUGUUUGGAUAAGUUCCUUAUAUUGUUUUGCAUUGACCUCUAUAACUGCCAGCUAGACAUUCAGCAGUGUGCCACAAAAUACCAAAUGGGCUGAGCAAUAAAAUGCUUCAGAAUCAUUCUCUUGUCACUUAUAUAUGCUUAUUUAAGCCCAAACUUGCAGAUUCACACGAGCAUUCACAUACAGCCUGCUUGAACCAGCUGCCACCACCGCCAACGCCUCUGUUUCAAUGUCAGGCAAACUGCCGCAAGUCAGUGAUAAAACAUUUGUUUCGUAAUACAGAGGUAUGCCUGUCUCGUACAAUGGACCUGAGUGUACCUUUGUUCCUCUACUAAAAACUCUUCCAAGCUGUCAAUCUGAAUCAUUAACCUCACAAGCACCACCACAGAAGAUGGAACCCCUGGAGGCAUGUUUCAGAGCAUAUCUGCUGUAUAGGUGGAGUACACGCAUGGCCUGAGGCAUCACCUACUUGUCUGACUAGAUAGUCAACACUUCUUUAGCAUCUGACAGGAAUUGUUUUCAUGACACUAUUAGCAGACACAAGUGUCACCACAGUACUGCCAAAAACUGUUUUUAUCAUGUUCAUAUUUAAUAUUUGUCUUUGGUUUUAAGCGUUAUAAGACUAUAAUUUUGCCCUCAGAUCAUUUUUUAUUUUCUUAAUUGCUAUCAAAAGCUUGACAAUGUGCUGAAUGGUUUGUUUCACAUCACAGUGUCAUUGCAAAUAGCUCUGAUUAAUAGGUCUGAUUAAUGACAGUUCAGUCCAGCUGUCCAGGAGAACAGAUUUAUGUCCCGCUGCUCCACUGCGGCCCAUCAAGCGGACAUGUGGCUUACUCAGAACUGGCUCACUUCGUUUGACUGUUACCAUGGCAAACAAAGUGGAAACAGUUUUCAGCCAGUGUUUAGAUGUGUAAUAUAGCGUGUGUGGUUUCAACCAACAGGCGGAAUGCAUCAUUUCAUCGCUGCCACACAAUUUCGCAACUGGAUCGCUGUGUUCCAGCACAGCACUGUGUACUUUUCACUGGGAUGAGUGAACAUGUACUCCUCUGCUCUAUCCAACAAUGGUCACUUUUCCUUCCAGUUUGGCUUGGACACUGGCCGUGAGAGGACACUCACUGACACAGAAAGACGAACGGGAGACAGAUGUACGGAAGAGAGAACUGAUCUAGGGACAUAAAUCUGAUCUCAUGUUCCUGGGAGCGCUGGAAAGGUUAGCUAUAAUGCGCAGCUCUUUAUAUAGUUGUGCAAGACAGAAUCUCGGUUGCCAGCUAAGUCGAGGCAUGAAGCCUGAAUGUUAGCCGUCCGAAGCAGCAACACAACUUUAGGGUGCUUUACAGCCUGUUGCAUCACUUUAAUGAGCUGCAAUGGGAAACACUUAUUAGUCUAUGUCAUUUCCCUCACUUGGUGUUUUGGUGACCCUCCAACAAACAGACAUGAAUAGAAUCUCUCUCGCUCUCUCUCUUUCUCUCUCUAUAUCUCUCUCUCUCGCUCUCUCUCUAUCAAACUACUUGUGUGUCAGUUAAACUGUCAUUGCAGUUUUCUCCCUAUAUCAAAAUACAUUAAUGGUUAAUUAUAUGUUUUCUCUUAAAAUGUCAUCUUUUUCUUUCCACAUUCAAAAGACUGUGUGACAUGAGAUCCCCAAACCACACCUUGUGCGAAGAGUAAAAGUUCCCCAGUGAUACCUGAUCGGGAAAUGUGUAAAACUAGACGCCUUGCACAUGAUCAACUACAUAGAUGCUCAGGGAUAGAUGCAUGCCAAGGGGAUGACUGUCUUUUCUGUGAACUAAUCCCUGUUUAGAACAGCCCAAUUACUGGGCCGGUGUGUGUGAGUGUGUGUGUGUGUGUGUGUGUGUGUGUGUGUGUGUGUGUGUGUGUGUGUGUGUGUGUGUGUGUGUGUGUGUGUGUGUGUGUGUGUGUGUGUGUGUGUGAGAGACACGCCAAAGGGUGUUUAUCUGCCGGUCGUAUCGUGUGUUCGGAGGUGUGUGUACAUUAUGAAGGAGGUGUGUGCUUUCGUGUGUGGUUGGGGCAUCUCCGUAAAAGUCACAGAGCUGCAGAACGUGCUCAAACACACUUCAUAGGUGUGUUGCUCCAUUCGUCUUUGUGCUUUCUUGAUUUCAAUCAAUUUAUUGCGUAGACUUUUAUUACUCGCUUCCUACUUCCUGCUGUACUAUUUACUUUAGUGAGAAUUUUUUUCCAGGCCAGUUUUUUCCUAAGAAAUAGAGAGAGAAGGUGGGAGGAGCCCGACUGAGAAGUGUGCCUCACUCUCUCUCUCUCUCUCUCUCUCGCGCUCACACUCACACACCACGCUCCCUCUUCCAUUCUGUCAUUGCCAUCUCGGCAGAACGGAGACUGUUCAUUCCCAGGCACGCUGAAUGUAAGGGGGGGGGGGGAACAGCCCACGUUUGACUUUGUUUAAGACCGAUUUCACAGAGGAAUAUUCUUUUUUCUUCACGAUAUCCAAAGGAUCGGCAGAACGAGGAAAAGAAAGUAAGAUAAAAAGAUUUCAAGGAUUCCUUCUUCAACUUUUUUCUAAUUGAAUUGAGAAGCAUGUGACAGCCGGUUUUGCCACUGGAUUCUUUUAAACAACAGGGUGUGAGAUCGUCUUAUUUAUGUUCCUUUCAUGUUGUAAUUUUCAGUUUUGCUUUGAGAGACCACAUUGACAUAAAUCACAAUGGUUGCUGGAAUGCUGAUGCCCCUGAGGGAACUGAGGGCCAUCUACGAGGCCCUGUUUAAAGAUGGUGUCAUGGUGGCCAAGAAGGACAAGAGGCCUCAGACCAAGCACCCUGAGCUAGAAGGUGUGAGCAACCUACAAGUAAUCCGCUCCAUGGGGUCUCUUAAGUCUCGGGGCUAUGUGAAGGAGACAUUUGCCUGGAGACAUUUCUACUGGUACCUGACCAAUGAGGGCAUUGUUUACCUCCGUGACUACCUCCGCCUGCCCUCUGAGAUUGUCCCUGCCUCCCUGCAGAGGAUCAGGAAGCCAGCCGCCACCCUGGCCAUUGGCCACCGGGCUGCACGGGUCCAAUCUGUGGAAGGUCCUACAUCUUAUGUUCCCAAGCCAAGCCGCAGGGGCGAAGUAGAGAGCCUAGAGUCUCUGACUGAGCGUCAAGGCUACCGCCAUCAGAUGAUGGGUCCAGGAGAAAAAGAGAGCUACUCUGAUAGGACCCCCAGGUUUAGGGGUCGUCCGCUGGCUGCGGAACCAGUCAGGCCAAAAGCAUCAUGGGAAGUGGAGGACCAGUCUCAGCCUCUGUUUAGGAGGGGGAACAGCUUUAAAAGUGAGGCAGCGGUGAUGGAGGAGAGCAAGGUAAGAAGAGUCUCUCGUCAGCAUCCUGAUGUGAGCAGUGAGAAGCCAGCAGCUACAUCACAGGAGAGACGAGUGUCUGAAGUCCAAAAGGAGAAGGCACCAAUGUCUUUCCAGAUUCAGAGAGCAGCUUUGAAACAGGAUGUGCCGCAGACCACUCUGACAUCAGUGUCCUCCAAGACAGCCCUACCAUUAACUGUGGCUUCAGGUGCUGCGACAUCAAAGAUUACAGCUGAACCCACUUCUCCUAAAACAAAUAAAGAGAAACUCAAGAUCGCUGAUGAAAAAGCUUCCAGGAAGCCUGGUUAUGUUGUAACAAGCAAUUCAGCUAUCACAACGCUUCCUGAUUCAAAGAUCAAAGAGGAGAAGACACAAAAGGUGAUCGUGGAUCCGAUUACACCUUCACAGGUCAAGUCUACAGCUGAAAUGGCAAAUUAUAAAGCAAAGCCCCAAACAGUUAUUAAAAUGCCUGCUGCUGACGAAACCAACGAUCUCCUUACUGCCACGGCCACUGCUGCCCCUGUCGUCACCAAACCUGCCACCAAAGCUGUCAAUGAAGAGACAACAAAAAAGGGUGUUAAUCCAGUUAAAUCCGCAGAGGUCAAGGCUUCAGCUAAAACAGCAAUUGAUAACAUUAAGGCCCAGACAGUUAUCACAAUGGCUUCUGCUCAAGAAACUUCCAAUCUCCUUACUGCCACGGCCACUGCUGCCCCUGUCAUCACAAAGCCUGCAAAUAAGGAUGUCAAGGAAGAGACAACGAAAAAGGUGAUUGUUGAUCCAAUUAAAUCCGCAGAGGUCAAGGCUUCAGCUAAAAUUGAUAACAUUAAGGCCCAGACGGUUAUCACAAUGGAUUCUGUUCAAGAAACUUCCAAACUCCUUACUGCCACGGCCACUGCUGCCCCUGUCAUCACAAAACCUGCCAAUAAGGAUGCCAAGGAAGAAAAGACAAAAAAGGUGAUUGUUGUUCCAAUUAAAUCUGCAGAGGUGAAGCCUACAGCUAAAAUUGCAACUGAUAACAUGAAGGCCCAGACAGUUAUUACGGUGUCUGCUACUCAGGAAACCUCCAAACUCCUUGCUGCUACUGCCACUUCCUCCCCUGUCAUUACAAAACAUGUCAAUGAAGAGAAGCCUAAAAGAGCAAAGAUCAAUGAGGAACCUGUUAAACUGGCAGAAGUGAAGACCCCAGUUGAAUCCAAAAUAGAUCACGAGAAGGCCAAGAAAACUGAUGAAGUUUCUGUUACUCAGGAGACCACCAAACCACCACCCGACAGUAUCACCAGGAAGUCAGUAAAGGAGAUCUCUAAAGUAAAAGUCACUCAGGAGCCCAUUGAUGUUAAAGUGACCACAGUGAAUCUCUCAGCAAAGCCCAAAACUGAUGAAGCUCCCCAGAAAACGACUAAGGUGACGGAGUCCUCAGUACUUGAAGUUAAAACUACUAUUAGUACAACGACUCUCUCAGCACCUAUGGCCAGUUCUGAAGACGCAAAACCCGUUAAGGGGAGAGCUACAGAAACAGAGAUUAUUACAAAACAUGAGAAAACUGAUGUAAAGGUGACUCCUCCUGUCCAGAAAGAUGAAACAAUAGUGCCAGAAGAGGUGCUUAAAGUCUCAGUACAGGGUGUCACAUCCCCUCAACUCAGUCAAAAUGUUGCCACCACAGAGGUGGUUAGGGAAACCAAACAAAUGGUUGAGGGAAGCUCUAAAUCAAAAAGGAAGAAAAAGAAAUCUCCAGGUGAGAGUUCCAAGAUUAUCGAUGCUGAGGAGCUGCCUGACUUUAAGUUGGAGAAGGAAAAACCCCGUGUCGAUAAGACGCCUGAGGAGGUGGCUGAAAAUACCCUCCAACCCACACCACUGACUACCUCAGAGCCACUGAGCAUGUGUACCAGCAUAAAGACUGAGGGACCUGCAGAGAAAUAUACGGCUCAGGCUAAAAUAGAUAGGGAUGGGGGGGAGAUAAAGGAAGUGCCUAAACAAAUUCCAGGGAAGCCAUUGAUGGAAGUCCCUAAACAAACUGAGGACCAGAGUAUUUCUAAAGUAGCAUCACUGCCAUUAGCUCAGAUUUCAGCAGUGCCCCCAGUGGAGCUUCCUGACAAUGCACUAGUAAAAGGGAAGGUUGAGGGAAGCAGUGUCAGCAAAAUAACACAUGGACCAUCAUGCUCUGAGGACGAGUUAAAAUCUAAAUUGCCCCACACAGAGUCAGUGAAAUCUGAGGGAAUGACUGUGACUAAAGUGGAAACAGUGACUGUACAGAAAAUAACUCAAGUGGAGCUCGUACAAGCAAGUCCUAAACCUGAGGGCAAAAGCCCUGCAGCAGCGCCAGAAUCCCAGAAACCCACAGACACUAAAUCCCUUAUAAAUACAGGGAAAGCUGCAGAGGAAUCUUCAAAGGGAAAAAAGAAAGGAAGAGGGAAAAAGCAGGCUCAGGCAACAGUAUCAGACACCAUAAACACAAAGCCUGUGCUUUUGCUUGAAGCAGAGGCCUUACCAUCCUCUAACAUUACACCAUUACCCAAGGCUACAGUUAAAGACAGCAAUAUCACGACCUCUGAGGUGACUGAACUGAACGUUUCUCCAAAGAAGACUCCCAAAAGAAUGUGCAGCGAGGAAGCCAGGCAGUUAGCAGCUGUGCUCUGUGAGGCCCCGGCAGACAAAGGGGAGGUGGAGCCAUUGGGGCUCUUCGCAGAAAAAAUCAAGCGGGAGGUUCCGAAAGGAAAAACAUCCUCCACUGCGAGGGAAGCGCCCGCAGCCGGAGAAUCGGCGUCAGCAGCACCAGCGGCGAGAGCAGAGGCAGCUGUAGCUCAGGCACAGGCCAGCCCCCUCGGCAAGCAAGAGGAGCCUCCCAGAAUUGCACAACAUUCAGCCAGUCGGGCAGCAGAGUGCAGCACAGAGAAAAGGCUCUCUUUCGGUAAGGCCUUGAAGCAGGAGGAAGAGAAGAAGAGAGACUUGGUGGAGGACACACCCUCUGCCACUGCCAAACCCACAGCUGCCCAGCUUGACCAGCUUCACCUAGGAGACACCUGCAAGUCCAAAAACCCUGAUACAGACGAAGCAGCCAUGAAGAGAAAGAUUGUAGUGGUUGAGGAGAUAGUCGAGGUGAAACAGGUUAUUAGUCCAGAGGACACUGGGGAGCACUCGCCUCCUCCACCUGUGCAACAAGAGGAUGAAGGCGAGGAACUGGACAUGGAUGUUCUGGAAGAAAUUGCCAUCGAGCGGGCACUUUUGUCAGCUUUGCCAGGGUCCAGGGUGCAAGGAGCCUCACCUGAGGGAACCUGGGACCACUCACUGGAUGAGCCAGAGGAGAAGACAUGGCCACACUUCAUUGAAGAUGAACGAGAUCGAGUACAGAAAAAGACCUUCACAAAAUGGGUGAACAAGCACUUGAUAAAGCAUCGGAGGGCAGAGUCGCAGCGUCACGUGACAGACCUGUAUGAAGACCUUCGAGAUGGACAUAACCUGAUCUCGCUGUUGGAGGUCCUCUCUGGGGAUACGCUGCCGAGGGAGAGAGACGUGGUCAGGACCGCUGGGUUGCCCAGAGAGAAGGGCCGUAUGCGAUUCCACAAACUACAGAAUGUACAGAUAGCACUGGACUUCCUCAGACACCGGCAGGUCAAGCUGGUUAACAUCAGAAACGAUGACAUAGCAGAUGGGAACCCCAAGCUCACCCUGGGGUUAAUAUGGACCAUCAUCCUGCACUUCCAGAUCUCAGAUAUUCAGAUCAACGGCCAGUCGGAAGACAUGACGGCCAAGGAGAAGCUGCUGCUCUGGUCCCAGAGGAUGACCGACGGCUACCAGGGCAUCCGCUGCGAUAACUUCACCACCAGCUGGAGGGACGGCAAGCUCUUCAACGCUGUCAUACACAAACACCAUCCCAGACUCAUCGACAUGGGCAGAGUGUACCGACAGACCAACCUGGAGAACCUGGAACAGGCCUUCACUGUGGCAGAGAGCGACCUGGGGGUGACCCGCCUACUGGACCCUGAGGAUGUCGAUGUCGCACACCCUGAUGAGAAGUCCAUCAUCACGUAUGUGUCAUCCCUGUACGAUGCCAUGCCUCGGAUGGAUGUACAUGAUGGCGCCAGAUCUAACGAGCUGGAGCUGCGUUGGCAGGAGUACUACGAGCUGGUGACUCUUCUGCUCCAGUGGAUCCGCCACCAUGUCACGAUCUUUGAGGAAAGGAAGUUCCCUGCCAGCUACGAGGAGAUAGAGCUUCUUUGGCGCCAGUUCUUGAAGUUCAAAGAGACGGAGCUGCCAGUGAAAGAAGGCGACAAGAACCGGUCAAAGCACAUCUACCAGUCCUUUGAGAGUGCCGUGCAUGCUGGUCAGGUGAAGGUCCCUCCAGGCUACCAUCCCAUUGAUGUGGAGAAAGAAUGGGGUCGACUUCACAUGACCAUUCUGGAAAGAGAACGGCUGCUCAGGAUAGAGUUUGAGAGACUCGAGAGGUUCCAGAGGAUUGUCAGUAAAGUCCAGAUGGAUUCGGGGUCUUGCGAUAGCCAACUCAGCCACCUGGAGACCCUGCUGCAGACGGACAUUCGUCUGCUGAACGUGGGGAAACCAGCUCAGCACACAGCAGAAGUGCAGCGGGAGCUCGACAAGUCCGACAACACGAUCCGCCUGCUCUUCAACGAUGUGCAGACACUCAAGGACGGGCGCCACCCUCAGGCUGAACAGAUGUACCGCAGGGUUUACCGCCUCCAUGAGCGCUUGGUGAACUUGCGCACCGAUUACAACCUUCGCCUGAAGACCACUGUGACGACUGUGACGAGCCAGGCUCCUAUGACGCAAACCAUCCAGCAGGGCUCCACGAGGGUGCGGCCAGAGUUGGAUGAUGUGACCAUCCGCUAUGUCAAAGACCUCCUGGCGUGGGUGGAGGAGAACCAGCUUCGCAUUGAUGAGGCGGAGUGGGGCUCUGAUCUGCCCUCUGUGGAGUCCCAGCUGGGCAGCCACAGAGGCCUGCACCAAACUGUGGAGGACUUCCGAUCCAAGAUUGAGCGGGCCAGGGCCGACGAGAGCCAGCUAUCUCCUAUCGGCAAGGGCUCGUACAGACAAUACAUGGGUAAAUUGGACCUGCAGUACGGCAAGCUACUGAACUCUUCCAAGUCCCGCCUAAAGAAGUUGGAUUCACUCCACGCCUACAUCAGUGCUGCCAGUAAGGAAAUGAUGUGGUUAAAUGACAAAGAAGAGGAGGAGGUCAAUUUCGACUGGAGCGACAGGAACACCAACAUGACGGCUAAGAAAGACAACUACUCGGGUCUCAUGCGAGAGCUGGAGCUGAGGGAGAAGAAAGUCAAUGAUCUCCAGGUCAUAGGAGACAAACUUGUCAGGGACGGACAUCCCGGCAAGAAGACAGUUGAAGCCUUCACAGCCGCCCUGCAGACUCAGUGGAGCUGGAUCCUACAACUGUGCUGCUGUAUUGAGGCUCAUCUCAAAGAAAACACAGCCUACUACCAGUUCUUUGCCGAUGUGAAAGAGGCUCAGGACAAGAUGAAGAAAAUGCAAGACAACAUGAAAAAGAAAUACAGCUGCGAUCGCUCCACCACAGCCACACGGCUGGAGGAUCUGCUGCAGGAUGCUGUGGAGGAGAAAGAGCAGAUGAAUGAAUUCAAGACCCUUGCAACCGGCCUGAACAAGAGAGCCAAGUCCAUCAUCCAGCUGAAACCACGCAACCCCACCACCUCCAUCAAAGGCAAACUGCCCGUUCAGGCCGUCUGUGACUUCAAGCAGCAGGAGAUCACCGUCCAUAAAGGAGACGAGUGCGCGCUCCUCAACAACUCGCAGCCCUACAAGUGGAAGGUCCUGAACCACGCCGGAAACGAGGCAGUGGUGCCCUCCGUCUGCUUCAUGGUGCCUCCAGUCAACAAGGAGGCCGUGGACAGCGUGUCCAGUCUGGACUCGGGUUAUCAGCAGACGGUGUCUAUGUGGCAGACGCUCCAUAUAGACAUGAAGAGCUUGCUGUCGUGGCAGUACCUGAUGAGAGACUUCACACAUAUACGCUCCUGGAACAUCACAAUGUUGAAGACCAUGAAACCAGAGGAGUACAGGCUGUUGAUGAGGAACCUGGAGCUCCACUACCAGGACUACAUGCGCGAAAGCCAGGACUCGCAGCUCUUUGGCCCCGAUGACCGCAUGCAGGUCGAGGGCGACUACACCAAGUCCACCCAGCAUUUCGACCACCUGCUCCGCUCCAUGGAGAAAGGUCAACAGGAUGAAACUCUGUGUAAGACCUACAUCUCUGAGAUCAAGGACCUGCGUGUGAGCAUAGAGGACUGCGAGGCCGGGACUUUAUCUCGCAUACGCAAACCAAUGGAGAAGGAACCUCUGAAAGAAUGUGUUCAGAAGACAGCAGACCAGCAGAAAGUCCAGGUGAAACUCAAGAGCCUCAAGAAGGACCUUGAUAAGGUGUCUGUGAGGACACAAGAGGUCUUGGCCUCCCCACAGCAGUCUGCCUCAGCUCCCGUUCUGCGCUCAGAGCUUGACAUCACCGUGCAGAAGAUGGAUCAUACCCACAUGCUCUCCUCGGUUUAUCUCGAGAAGCUGAAGACUGUGGAAAUGGUCAUCCGUAACACACAGGGUGCUGAGGGAGUUCUCAAGCAGUAUGAGGACUGUCUGCGUGAGGUUCACACCGUGCCAGGCGAUGGCAAAGAAGUAGAGACUUACAGAACAACGCUAAAGAAAAUGCGAGCGGAGGCUGAGGGUCAACAGCCAGUGUUUGACUCUCUGGAAGAAGAGCUGAAGAAGGCCAGCCUAGUGAGUGACAAGAUGUCACGCGUGCACAGCGAGCGGGACGUCGAGCUGGACCACUACCGCCACCUCCUGUCCGGUCUUCAGGACCGCUGGAAGGCCGUGUUCGCCCAGAUGGACAUCCGCCAGAGAGAGCUGGAGCAGCUUGGCCGCCAGCUAGGCUACUAUCGCGAGAGCCACGAUUGGCUGAUCCGCUGGAUUUCUGAUGCCAAGCAAAGGCAGGAGAAGAUCCAGGCUGUGUCCAUCACCGACAGCAAAACUCUCAAUGAACAGCUGACCCAGGAGAAGAAACUGCUGGAGGAGAUUGAGAAUAACAAAGACAAAGUUGAAGAGUGUCAACAAUAUGCUAAAGCAUACAUUAACACUAUCAAGGACUAUGAACUCCAGUUGGUUGCCUACAAAGCCCAUAUGGAUCCUCUUGCUUCUCCCUUGAAGAAAACCAAACUGGAUUCUGCCUCUGACAACAUCAUUCAGGAGUAUGUAACACUGAGGACCCGGUACAGUGAGCUGAUGACUCUGACUAGUCAGUACAUCAAGUUCAUCACCGACACGCAGCGCCGCCUGGAGGACGAGGAGAAAGUUGCAAAGAAACUCAAAGCAGAAGAGCAGAAAAAAAUGGCUGAGAUGCAGGCUGAGUUAGACAAACAGAAGCAGUUAGCUGCCGCUCACGCAAAGGCCAUUGCCAAAGCUCAGAAAGAGGCUCAAGAGCUGAAGCUCAGAAUGCAGGAAGAAGUUAGCAGGAGAGACAUUGCUGCUGUAGAUGCAGAGAAGCAAAAGCACAACAUCCAGCUGGAACUGCAUGAGCUCAAAAAUCUGUCAGAGCAGCAGAUCAAGGACAAAAGCCAACAGGUGGAUGAGGCUCUUCACAGCAGGACCAAGAUUGAGGAGGAAAUCUACCUCAUCAGGAUCCAACUUGAGACAACAGUAACACAAAAGUCCGCCGCGGAAUCUGAGCUCAAGCAACUUCGUGAAAGAGCAGCUGAAGCUGAGAGACUCAGAAAGGCCGCCCAGGAAGAAGCUGAGAAGCUCCAUAGACAAGUCAAGGAAGAGACCCAGAAAAAGCGCAUAGCAGAGGAGGAACUCAAAAGCAAAUCUGAGGCAGAAAAAGAAGCUGCUAAGCAGAAGCAAAAAGCUCUGGAAGACCUUGAAAAUCUCAAGAUGCAGGCCGAGGAGGCUGAAAGGCAAGUGAAGCAAGCAGAGAUUGAAAAGGAGAGACAAAUCAAGGUUGCCCACGUGGCAGCCCAGAAGAGUGCCGCGGCUGAGCUCCAGAGCAAACAGACCUCCUUUGUGGAAAAGACCUCGAAGCUGGAAGAAUCCCUCAAACAAGAACAUGGAGCUGUCCUUCAGCUGCAACAAGAAGCAGCACAUCUCAAGCAACAACAGGAGGAUGCGAUAAAUGCCAGAGAAGAGGCGGAAAGGGAGCUUGAGAAGUGGAGGCAAAAAGCUAAUGAGGCCCUCCGUCUAAGGCUCCAGGCUGAGGAAGAAGCUCACAAAAAGAGCCUUGCUCAAGAAGAUGCUGAGAAACAAAAGGAGGAGGCUGAGCGUGAGGCCAAAAAGAGAACCAAAGCCGAAGAGUCAGCCCUGAAGCAGAAAGAGAUGGCCGAGAAAGAGCUUGAUAGGCAGCGGAAGGUAGCUGAGAGCACGGCUCAGCAGAAACUGACUGCAGAACAUGAACUGAUUCGACUCAGGGCAGACUUUGACAACGCAGAACAGCAGAGAUCCCUCCUUGAAGAUGAACUUUACCGCCUGAAGAAUGAAGUCGUCGCAGCGCAGCAACAAAGGAAACAGCUCGAGGAUGAGCUGGCCAAAGUGAGGAGUGAAAUGGAUAUACUCAUUCAACUUAAGUCCAAGGCAGAAAAGGAGACCAUGUCCAACACAGAGAGGAGCAAACAACUUCUUGAGGCUGAAGCCAGCAAGAUGAGGGACGUGGCUGAGGAAGCAAGCAAGCUUCGAGCCAUCGCAGAGGAGGCCAAGCAUCAGAGGCAAGUUGCUGAGGAAGAGGCAGCUCGUCAGAGAGCAGAGGCUGAGAGGAUUCUCAAAGAGAAGCUGGCUGCUAUCAGCGACGCCACUCGUUCGAAAACAGAGGCUGAAAUCGCCCUGAAAGAGAAAGAGGCAGAAAACGAAAGACUCCGCCGUCAAGCAGAGGAUGAGGCUUACCAGAGGAAAGCUCUUGAAGACCAGGCUAACCAGCACAAGCAAGAGAUUGAGGAAAAGAUCGUCCUACUCAAAAAAUCAUCUGAGGCUGAAAUGGAAAGACAAAAAGCAAUAGUGGACGACACCCUGAAACAGAGGCGAGUCGUCGAAGAAGAAAUCAGAAUUCUGAAGCUCAACUUUGAAAAGGCCUCAUCUGGGAAACUUGAUCUGGAGCUGGAACUGAACAAACUGAAGAACAUUGCAGAAGAAACUCAACAAAGCAAACUAAGAACAGAGGAGGAGGCGGAGAACCUGAGGAAGCUUGCCCUGGAGGAGGAGAAGAGGAGGAGGGAAGCAGAGGAGAAGGUUAAGAAGAUCACUGCUGCAGAGGAAGAGGCAGCCAGACAAUGCAAGAUUGCCCAAGAUGAGCUCGCUCGACUGAAAAAGAAAGCAGAAGAGGCCAGGAGGCAGAAAGACUUGGCCGACAUUGAAGCUGACAAACAGAUUGUUGCAGCCGAACAAGCAUCCCUGAAAUGCAAUGCAGCUGAGCAGCAAGCCCAAAGUGUCCUUGCCCAACAGAAGGAAGACGGCAUCAUGCAGAAGAAGCUUAAGGAAGCGUACGAGAACGCCAAGAAGCUGGCCAAGGAGGCAGAGGCUGCUAAGGAGAAGGCAGAGAAGGAGGCGGCUCUGCUUCGUCAACAAGCAGAGGAAGCAGAACGGCAGAAGACAGCUGCUGAGAAAGAAGCUGCAAUCCAAGCCAAAGCUCAGGAGGAUGCGGAAAGGUUGCGGAAGGAGGCUGAAUUUGAAGCUGCUAAACGAGCACAGGCAGAAAGUGCAGCGCUCAUGCAGAAGCAACAGGCCGAUGCCGAAAUGGUAAAGCACAAAAAACUGGCAGAGCAAACAUUGAAACAGAAGUUCCAAGUGGAGCAAGAGCUCACAAAGGUUAAACUUAGGCUCGAUGAUACCGAUAAACAGAAAUCUGUCCUGGAUGAAGAGCUGCAGCGCUUGAAGGAUGAGGUUGAUGAUGCUGUCAAACAACGGGGCCAGGUAGAGGAGGAGCUCUUCAAAGUCAAGGUUCAGAUGGAGGAGCUGCUCAAACUGAAAAUCAGAAUCGAGGAGGAAAAUCAACGCCUCCUCAAGAAAGACAAAGACAACUCACAGAAAUUCCUUGCCGAUGAGGCUGAAAAUAUGAAAAGGCUCGCAGAGGAUGCUGCCAGACUUAGUGUAGAGUCCCAAGAGGCUGCACGCUUGAGACAGAUUGCAGAAGACGACCUCAAUCAGCAACGAGCUCUUGCAGAGAAAAUGCUCAAAGAGAAAAUGCAGGCCAUACAGGAGGCAUCGCGACUUCGAGCUGAGGCAGAGAUGCUCCAAAGACAGAAGGACAUGGCUCAGGAGCAGGCUCAACAGCUGUUGGAGGACAAACAACUAAUGCAACAGCGUCUGGAAGACGAGACGGAGGAAUACCAGAAGUCACUUGUAGCAGAGAGGAAAAGGCAAAUGGAGAUUGUAGCCGAAGCCGAAAAACUCAAACUUCAGGUUUCUCAACUCAGCGAAGGCCAGGCCAAAGCUGAGGAGGAGGCAAAGAAAUUCAAGAAACAAGCUGAUGAUAUUGCUGCCCGUCUUCAUGAGACUGAGAUAGCCACCAAAGGAAAAAUGACUGCAGUGAGACUGCUGGAAUUGCAGAGCGAAAAUACCAGCAAAGAGGCUGACGAUUUACGCCACGCAAUCGCAGACCUAGAGAGGGAGAAGGCUAGACUGAAAAAGGAAGCAGAAGAACUUCAAAAUAAAUCUAAAGAGAUGGCUGAUGCACAGCAGAAACAAAUUGAACAUGAGAAGAUGGUGCUCCAGCAGACAUUCCUGACAGAAAAGGAGAUGCUUUUGAAGAAGGAGAAGCUAAUUGAAGAUGAGAAAAAGCGGCUGGAGAGCCAGUUUGAAGAGGAAUUAAAAAAGGCCAAAGCUCUCAAAGAUGAACAGGAAUGCCAGAGACAACAGAUGGAGGAGGAGAAGAAGAAACUCCACGCUACCAUGGAUGAGGCCCUCAAUAAACAAAAAGAGGCUGAGAAAGAUAUGCUGAACAAGCAAAAAGAAAUGCAAGAACUGGAGAAGAAGAGACUAGAGCAGGAAAGGAUUCUUGAAGAAGAGAACCAGAAAUUGCGCAAUAAGCUGCAGCAGCUUGAGGAAGCAGGGAAAGACCAACACACUGAUAAAGUCCCUGACAAACAGCUCAUUAGUGUUACAACAGUUGAAACAACAAAGACUGUUUACAAUGGACGAAAUGCCAGUGAUGCGGUAGACAGUGGGGAGAAGAAACCAGAUCCCUUGGCUUUUGACGGCAUACGUGAUAAGGUACCUGCAAGCAGACUUCGUGAAGUUGGCCUUUUAUCCAAGAAGGAGUUUGAAAAGCUACAAAAAGGCAAAACAACUGUUCAAGAGCUUGGUGAGACUGACAAACUUAAAACAACUCUUAGAGGAAAGAAUUGCAUUGCUGGAGUUUUGACUCCAUCUAAUCAAAAAAUGUCAAUCUAUCAAGCAUCAAAAGAGAAGAAGAUUACUCCCGGCACAGCCAUGAUCCUUCUUGAAGCUCAAGCAGCCACAGGUUACAUUUUAGAUCCUAUUAAGAACCAAAAACUUUCUGUUAACGAGGCUGUCAAGGAAGACUUGAUUGGCCCUGAACUGCACAACAAAAUGCUUUCAGCAGAGAGGGCAGUUAUUGGCUACAAAGAUCCAUACACUGGUGGAAAGAUCUCUGUCUUUGAAGCCAUGAAGAAGGGUCUGAUCGAACGUGAUCAUGCCAUCAGAGUCCUUGAGGCUCAGCUUGCAACUGGUGGCAUCGUCGAUCCUAUCAAUAGUCACCGUUUACCCAAUGACAUUGCCUACAAACAGGGACAAUAUGAUGUUGAAAUGAAUAAGAUUAUGGAGAAACCUUCAGAUGACACAAAGGGAUACUUUGACCCCAGCACUCAGGAACCAUUGACAUAUUCUGAGCUAAUGGCGAGAUGCACUACGGACCCUGAAACCAAGCUGCUACUCCUGCCAAUCACAGACAAAGCCGCUCAGUGCUCAAGUAUAUACACGGAGGAGGAGACCAAGGAUGUGUUCAGCAAAACCACUGUGUCUGUGCCAUUCGGGCGAUUCCAAGGAAAGAAUAUCACCAUUUGGGAAAUAAUCAAUUCUGAGUACUUCACUGAGGAGCAGAAGAAGGACCUUCUCCGUCAAUAUAAAACAGGGAAAAUCACAAUUGAAAAAAUCAUUAAGAUUGUCAUUACUGUGGCAGAGAACAAAGAGAAGAAGAAUGAGAUUACCUUUGAUGGCCUGAGAGCACCUGUUCCUGCCACUGAACUCCUGGAAUCCAAAAUCAUUGACAAAGACCUCUACAACAAAUUGCACAAGGGCAAUAAGACAGUUAAAGAAGUGUCUGAAAUGGAGCCUGUCCACAAAGCACUGAAGGGUACAAACUGCAUUGCAGGUGUAAUGAUUCACUCAUCCAACGAGACAAUGUCCUUCUAUCAAGCUAUGAAGAAAGACUUUAUGAGGGCAGGGCCUGCCUUGAAUAUGCUUGAAGCCCAAGCAGGAACAGGCUACGUGGUUGACCCUGUUCAUAAUCAGAAGUACACUGUUGAUGAAGCUGUCAAAGCAGGUGUGGUUGGUCCUGAGCUGCAUGAAAAACUCCUGUCUGCAGAGCGAGCUGUUACAGGUUACAAGGAUCCUUACACUGGGAAGACUGUAUCUUUGUUCCAGGCAAUGAAAAAAGACCUCAUACCUAAAGAACAAGGAAUCCGACUGCUUGAUGCCCAAAUGGCCACUGGUGGUAUCAUUGAUCCAGUAAAGAGCCAUCACAUUCCUCACGAUGUGGCCUGCAAGAGAAAUUAUUUUGAUGACGAAAUGAAACAACUUCUGAACAGUCCCACUGAUGAAACUAAACGCUUCUUUGACCCCAACUCAAAAGAACAUGUCACAUACUCACAGCUCUUCAAGAAGUGUGUCAUUGACAAGAAAACUGGUCUCCAGCUUAUGCCUCUUUCUGAUGAAGCAAUUAAUGCAAAGGAGGAGCCAACAUUAACUGAUACCCAGACGAAAGAGGCUAUGACUCAGGCAACUGUGGAGCUUGACUCUGGACCAUUUAAGGGCAGGAAGAUGACCAUCUGGGACAUCAUCAACUCAGAAUAUCUCACUGAGGAACAAAGGCUUGACUUGCUCAGACAGUUUAGGUCAGGAAAGCUUACAAUUGAAAGGAUAGUCAAGAUUGUCAUCACAAUUGUAGAUGAGAAAGAGGCCAAGAAACGAGAACAGUCCAGCUUCAAGGGCCUUAGAGCUCCUGUUCCUGCAGCCUCUCUGUAUGAUUCCAAAAUCAUUGACAAACCAACCUUUGACCUCCUUCAACAAGGCAAAACAACACCCAAACAAGUCAGUGAGAAUCCUGAUGUCAAUAAAUAUCUCCAGGGCUCCGAUAGCAUCGCUGGCAUCUACCUGGAGCCAACCAAAGAGAAAAUAAGCAUUUAUCAGGCUAUGAAGAAAAAGCUCCUCAGACACGACACAGGUCUUUCACUUCUUGAGGCCCAGGCUGCCACUGGGUUUCUUGUGGAUCCAGUGAGGAAUCAGUGCCUGACAGUAGAUGAGGCAGUGAAGUCAGGUCUUGUUGGUCCAGAGCUACAUGAAAAACUUCUUUCUGCAGAAAAAGCUGUCACUGGCUAUAAAGAUCCAUUCACAGGCAACACAAUCUCCCUCUUUGAAGCAGUGCAAAAAGAUCUCAUCCUGAAAGAACAUGCCAUGCCUUUGAUAGAGGCACAGAUGGUUAGUGGAGGAAUCAUUGACCCUGUAAAUAGCCACCGUGUCCCAACAGAUGUUGCAUAUCAGAAGAACAUUUUCAGCAAAGAAAUUGCUAAGACCCUAUCUGAACCAUCUGAUGAUAACAAGGCUUUCUCAGACCCAGAAACCGAUGAGAAUGUUACAUACCGAAAGCUCAAAGACAAGUGCAACAGAGAUCCAGAGACAGGCCUGUACAUCCUUCCACUCUCCAAGCCUCAGUCUCCAACUGUUGUGGAGAAGACAUACCUCUACACAGAGGAACAAACACAGAGUGACCUGACCGACACCCAGAUUGACAUUCCAAUCGAAGGCCUUGCUGAUAAGCCACUGAACCUGUGGGAAAUCAUGAACUCAAAUUUGCUUCCAGAGCAAGAGAGGCAAAAGCUCAUAAAUGAAUAUCGCUCUGGUAAAAUCACUAAAGAGCGGAUGAUCAUCAUUAUUAUUGAGAUCAUGGAGCAGAGAGAGAUCAUCAGAAAUGAUAGUCCAUUGUCAUGUAAGACUAUAAGGAGACGGAUAACGAUUGAGGAGCUCUACAAUGCCCGCAUCAUUGAUUUGGAGACUUACAACCUCCUUAAACAGGGCAAGAGGGACAUCCGUGAUAUAAUGGAGAUGACCAGUGUGAAACAGUAUCUCUAUGGCACAGGCUGUGUUGCUGGGGUCGAAACAGACUCAAGCUCUAAGAUAAGCAUAUACCAAGCAAUGAAGAGAGGUUUUAUCAAGCCAGAACUAGCCCUGAGCCUCCUAGAAGCACAAGCUGCAACAGGAUUCAUUGUCGAUCCAGUUAAAAAUGAAACACUCACGGUUGACGAAGCUGUUCGUAAGGGUGUUGUUGGCCCUGAGAUCCAUGAUAAACUUCUUUCAGCUGAGAGAGCAGUCACAGGAUACAAAGAUCCAUACAGUGGGAAAACCAUAUCUCUUUUCCAGGCCAUGAAAAAGGAUCUUGUUCCAGAGGAUUAUGCUCUGAAAAUGUUAGAGGCACAAACCGCCACUGGUGGUAUUAUUGAUCCAGAAUUCCAGUUCCACCUGCCAGCAGACAUUGCCAUGCAAAGGGGUUACAUCAACAAGGAAACCAACGAGAAGCUGACUGACAGUGUUAUGGGAUUUAUGGACCCUGUCAAUGACGAGGUCCUGUCAUAUGCACAGCUGCUCAAGAGAUGCAAGUUAGAUGGUGGGUUGCGCCUACUCUCCCUGGGAGACAAGAGAGUGAUGUUAGAUGGUCUGAGGAAAAAGAUAACAUUAGAAGAGCUGCUCCGCUCACAAAUUAUUGACCAGGAAACUAUCACUGAUCUGAAUGAAGGUCGUAUUUCAAUGGAGGAGCUUAGCAUAAGAUUGUCAAGCUACCUUGUGGGCACAAGCUGUAUUGCUGGUGUAUUUUUAGAGUCCUCAAAGGAGCGUCUAUCAAUUUACCAGGCCAUGAAGAAGAACAUGAUCAGGCCAGGCACAGCAUUUGAACUCCUUGAGGCACAGGCAUCCACAGGAUAUGUUAUUGAUCCCAUCAAAAACCUCAGACUGACUGUCAAUGAUGCAGUGAAAAUGGGUAUUGUAGGACCCGAAUUCAAAGACAAGCUCCUCUCUGCUGAACGUGCAGUCACAGGAUAUAGAGAUCCCUAUUCAGGCAAGACAAUCUCCCUGUUCCAGGCCAUGAAAAAGGGGCUCAUCUUGAAAGAUCAUGGAAUCCGUCUCCUGGAAGCCCAGAUUGCCACCGGCGGAGUCAUUGACCCAGAGGAAAGUCACCGUCUGCCAGUUGAGGUGGCCUACAAACGUGGCUUCUUUGAUGAGGAAAUGAAUGAGAUCUUGACAGAUCCAUCUGAUGACACCAAAGGCUUCUUUGACCCCAACACUGAAGAAAAUCUAACUUACCUCCAGCUCAUGGAGAGGUGCAUCACCGAUCCUGACACUGGGCUGGUGCUCCUGCUUUUGAAAGAAAAGAAGCGGGAAAGGAAGACCUCCUCAAAAUCCUCGGUUCGUAAACGCAGAGUUGUCAUCGUAGACCCUGAGAGUGGUAAAGAAAUGACUGUGUAUGAGGCCUACAGGAAGGGACUCAUUGACAACCAAACCUACCUGGAGCUUGCUGAGCAGGAGUGUGAAUGGGAAGAGAUCACAAUGACCUCCUCUGAUGGUACUGUCAAAUCGAUUAUUAUUGACAGGAGGUCUGGCAGACAGUAUGAUGUUGAUGAUGCUCUUUCACGUGGCCUCAUUGACCAGAAUGCCCUUGAAACAUACCGAUCUGGAAACCUGUCAAUCACAGAAUUUGCUGAUAUGCUUUCUGGAAACACAGGAGGGUUCCGCUCACGCUCAUCCUCCUUUGGUUCCACCACUGGUUCUACCUACUCCUCUCCCAUGAGCCCCAUACCCUCCAUUAAAGCACCUGCAGUCAUAUGGAAUGACCCAGCAGAGGAGACUGGCCCUGUAGCUGGAAUAUUGGACAUAGACACACUGGAGAAGGUGUCUAUUACUGAGGCCAUACACAGAAGCCUGGUAGACAACAUCACUGGCCAAAGAUUGUUGGAGGCCCAAGCCUGCACAGGAGGAAUAAUUGAUCCCACAACUGGAGAGAGAUUCUCAGUCGCUGAUGCAGCAGAAAAAGGCCUUGUGGAUAAAAUCAUGGUUGAUCGCCUGAACCUGGCUCAAAAAGCAUUCAAUGGAUUUGAAGACCCCAGAACUAAAGUAAAGAUGUCUGCUUCCCAGGCUCUUAAGAAAGGCUGGUUGUAUUAUGAAGCUGGGCAGCGUUUCCUUGAGGUCCAAUAUCUGACUGGUGGACUUAUUGAGCCUGAUGUCGAGAGCAGAGUGACACUCGAUGAAUCUAUCAAGAAGGGCACAAUUGAUGCCCGCACUGCCCAGAAACUGAGAGAUGUCAGUGCUUAUUCUAAAUACCUAACAUGUCCAAAAACCAAACUGAAAAUCUCCUUCAAAGAUGCAAUGGACAAGAGCAUGGUUGAGGAAGGAUCAAGCCUGAGACUUCUGGAGGCCUCCUCACAAUCCAGCAAAGGCCUCUACAGUCCCUACAAUGCCAGCGGCCCUGGAUCUGCCCUUGGCUCCCGUACUGGCUCGAGGACCGGAUCCCGAUCAGGCUCCAGGAGAGGCAGCAUUGAUGCUGGCUUCAGCAUGAACUUCACCUCCUCCUCCUUCUCCACAUCUUCUUCAAGUGGCUACAGCCGCAGAUACUGAUUAGCUAGUUCUGUUCCCAUCAACAGCCCAAUUAUCUAAGAAUUAACAAUAAUAAUGCACUGUACAGUUGCAUUUUUCAUAGGAAAAAAAUAGUUACAUUAACAAAGAAAAUAUCAUUUAUUUAUUCUGCCCUGCAUGUGGUCACAUCAAGAAUUGCCAAGGCUAUUGUUUUUUUUCAGAUAACAGAUGGGUACACAUGUGCCUCAUAUAUGGAGACAUAAUAGAUAUAUAUAUAUAUUAUGUUUCAUGUCUUUCGUACGAAUUACCAAGUCAGUUUAUAUUUUUCAAAGCAAAGCAUGACAUUUCUGCUGUUUUUAAGUGACUUUAUAGUUUUCAUUUUACACUUGUUAAAAAGUUGUAAACUUGUUCUUUCUGAAACUAAUAUAUACUGUAUGUAUGUCAAACAGAGAUAUUUUUCCAGUAUUCUUUUGAAAUUCAAGGAUAUUUUUUUAUCUUUUCCGACACUCCUACUUAAUGAGAUGCUGUAUGUCGACGUAGUUCUAACAUUUUUUAACAGAUUCUAAAAUGCAUAGAUGCCUUCACAUUUCUGGAUGUUUGUAUAGAGUACGGACAAAUUAUGUUGAAUGUUGUCUCGGUAACUAAAUAAUAUACCCAGUAUAUAAUAUACACCUGAGACACUAUAAAAUGGGACACUACAAGAAUACAAAAAAAAGACAUGCCAGAAUUAAAAUUAUGCAGACUAUUCUGAAACCGGUUUCACAUCUGUCAUUUUUUUGUUCUCAUGCCCAUUUAUAUUUAGUGGACUUUUGCAUCCUUUGGGUUCAUUGUUUUACACACUCCAAGUUUUAUAUUCUAUAUAUUAACCAUCAGUCAAGUGU